UGAUGUAUUUUAUUGAUUUUAAAUUGUUUAUUAUAUCAUAUCCGUUUGUUUGUCAUUUGUUGUUUUUACUGUUCCAUAAAAGAAUUCCCCUGUAUUCAUUUAUCUCUAAAACUCAGUUCCAAAGAAAAACAAGUCGCAACAUGUCAACAAAUAUUCCAUUUCUCUUGACGUUUUCUCAAGUUUUCUCUAUGUUUUUAUCAAAAGUUUCACAACGCUAACGAUUAAACAUUAACCUACACGUAAUAAGAUGCUAACAUUUGAAUCUGCAUCAUGGAGCUGAGAUUAAAAGAAGUUACACAUCGUCUACAAGAAACAGAAAAAUCUUUAGCAAAUAUUUAUUUAAUGGAGCAACAUGACUUAAAAGAAAAAGCAUUCGGUGUUGAUAAUUUAUCUCAGGAUUUUUGGUAUAAAAAUUCUUUGGACCAGAUUAGAUGGAAUAACAGCAGCAGUAAUGUUUCAGAACAAAGCUCACUGACUGACUCUCUUGGAAUGGCCUUUAAAAACGAUGACAUGGUUGCAAGCACACCAAAAAAACAUAAUAAAAAAUCAAAUGAACCAGUCAAUAAUAAAUACCAAGAAAAACUGGAUCUGCUACAAACUGAAUUGAAGAUACAAGACCAGAGUUUGAGAGAAGCUGAAGAACGAUAUGAAAAGGCCCAGAAAAAUGCAGCAGAUACUAAUUCAGAAAACGAGAACUUACAGAAAACUAUACACAACUUGAAAGAUGAAAUAAAUCAAAUAAAACAACGGAAUUUCAUUGAAAAAGAAGAUACAAGGAAACAUUUUGAAAGCUACAAGAGAAAUAUAGAAGAGAAGUGUCAUUUGCUGGAAAGCAAAAUAUCAAAUUUGAAUAAAGAAAGAGAUAAUUUGCUACAGAAUAUACAUGAACUGGAAUCAAACCUGAAGAAAUAUGAGAAUCAGAUAAGGAAAGUUCAUGAUAAAAAUGAACAAGAAAUACAAGAAAAACAUUCUCUGAUAGAUGAGAAUGCUUUGUUGAAGAGAGAACUAAAAUCAGCUAAAUUUACAGCUUCAGUUAUUGAGUCAACGAGUUCAGAAUUAGAGAAUAUGCGCCAGGAAAAUUGUCAUCUUCAAUACAGGAUACAGUUAAAGACACAGCAAGUUAAAGAUAAUGCAGCUGAGAAGGAAUCUAUAAAGGAAAUCUUGCGAGAGUUUGUAUGUCAUAUCAAAGAUGAAUCCUCAUCAAAUAGUGAAUCAAACCCUCCUCAACAGGUAACCAAACCUGAACAAAAUGAUAGUGGUAUUUUGAGUUGGAGACCAGAUAGCCAACAACCUCCCUCUAAAGUCGUUUCUGAAUUUGAAGCUUUACUACAGAUUUCAGUUCCAACUGCAUGUAGCUCUUUACUCACAGAUAUACAAAACAAAUUUGCAGAUAAAGAAGCUAAAAUACAACAAUUGCAAGCUUUUAACCAAUCAUUAGCAGCUUCAAAAGAAGAACGGUUGAAAGUAGAAAAUCAAGAAGCUGAUAAUUAUAAAAGGAAAAUAACAGAACUGAGUGAAAGUAAUAAUUACUUGUCCAAACAGCUGGAUGAACUGAAGGAAAACUUGCAGAGUGUCAAAUAUCAGCUUGCUGAGAGUGAAGCUAAAGCUGAGAAUUUAGAUUUCUGCAUUAGUCAACGGAAUACACAGCUUGUAGAGCUUCAGGAAGAAUUGAAUAACAAAGAAAACAACAUUUGCCAACUUGAGAAAAAGUUACGUGAAAAAUCACAUGAAAUAGUUACUCUUGAUGCUCAGCUAAGUGAAAGGAUGAGAGAUUUUAAUGAACAGUUCAAUAAGUACCAACAGUUUGAAGAUGUGCUGAGAUCAUGUGAAGCUAAACUUGAUCAAACACAGGCAGAAUGUUCUAACUACAGGCAAGAAAUGGAAGAUAUUAAGAAAGAAAAAGAAAAUGAUUUGCAGUUAUAUCUGAAGCAAUUUACAGAAAAAGACAAAUUGAUUGAGUCAUUUCAGAGAAAAUCGGAGGAACAACAAGUAGUUAUUGAAGAUCUUCUCAAACAAGUAAACAUUCUGUCUGGUGAAUUAUUCACCAAGUCAGAAAGUUUCAAAGCUCUGCAGUAUCAAGAACAAGAAACAUCACAGAAAUUAAUGCAAAAGAAUGAAGAAUUAGAAAAUAUGCAGAAACAACUUGAUUGUCAGAGUUCUGAGAGUAAAAAUUGUAUAAAUCAAAUGGAAAAAACAAUUGAAAAUUUUAAGGCGCAGAUGAAGUAUUACAUUAAAGAUGCAGAGAAAAAUAACAGUCAAUAUGUUGCAGAACUUGCUCUGAAAAAUUCAAAGGAGCAGUCUCUAGUCAACCAAAUCAAACAGCUUGAACAGUCAUUAAAAGAAAAAGAACAACAAUGUAAUAAUCUGCAGCAGACACAUCAAGAGAAUCAGUCAAUGCUAGACAAAAGUUAUGAACUUAUUUCACAGCUAAAAAAAUCUCAAGUUUCUACACUUAAAGAAAUAUCUAGACAUGAAAAACACAUUGUCAUUGAACGCAGUAAAAGAAUGGAACUGGAACUGAUAUUGAAGAACAAGUGUGACCAGCUCCAGAAGCUUACUAGAGAAAGUAAUACAGAUAUUAAGAUGCUUCAAGAAACUGUUCGAGAUCUUCAGCAAGCCAAGGACAACUUAACUGAGCAUAGUUGUAACAUUACUUCACAACUGCAGAAGGAACUGAAAGUUGGAGAGAAUACAAAUACUCAUUUGAACACUCUACAGGAACAGUAUAACAAAAAGAAUGAGGAGUUACAACAACUUAUCAAUUCAGCUGAUAAAAUGAAAGAACAGAUAAAAUUUCAAGAGGAACAAAUAGCUUUAACAACCAGAGAAAACAAUAAUCUUCAUCAAGUUGUUGCUGCUCUUCAGGCAAAAGUUAGCAAUCUGAACUUUGAAAAACAAGAAAGCAAAAGAAAUAUAGAAAAUUUAGAAUACAAUUUAAAAGCCAAAGAGGAACUUCUGGAAGACACAAGAGAUGCUGUAAAGAAACUCCAAACAGAAUUAAAUUUGAAAAAAGAAGAGACUGAUGGUUUACAAAGUACUAUAAGAGAACAGCAUCUACAGCUAGAGGAACGUGCUCAAAAGGUAGCAGAAUUAGUAAAAUCUAUGUCUGAUUACCGGAUAGAAAUGGAGAAUCGUGUCAAAGAUGGCAAGAACCUUCUUGAUCAAGAACAGAUUGAUAUCAAAAAUAAGAUAAAGCAGAUUGUUCAGUACAGAGAACAAUACCAGAAAACUGUAGAGGAGUUGCAAAAUACGACUUCGCUUCUUGAAGCCAAAUCUCAGACAUGUCAUAAAAUUGAAUUAGAAUUAGCAUCAAAAAAUGCCCUCAUUGAAAAUUCAGCAAAGACAAUUCAAAACCAAACUUUAAAAGAAAAAGAACUAAUUGAGUACAAAGCAGAGAUCACUCAAGAACUAAGGUUAGCAAGAGAACAACUUCAGAAUCAAACAGCCGACUUUAUGCUAGUGCGGAGCCAACAAACUAAACUACGCCAUGAAAAUGACAAAUUACUACAGAAAAUUGAAACACUUACAGCUACAUUAAAUACAAAACAAACAGAAAUCUCUAAGUUGACUGAAAAUGUAAGUAUUUUACGUCUUGAGAAAAUUAAAUCUGAAUCAAAGAUGUCCACUGAAAUAAAACAGCUUAAACAAGAAAUUAAAAUGGAACAACAAACCCAUUCAAUGGAGUUGGAACGUCUGAAGGAGACUAAAUUACAAUUGCAAAAAAACAAAGAAGAUAUUUCCACGAAGUUGAAUGCAUCUAAUAAAAAGCAUCUGAAGGCUGUCACUCAACAUGAGAAAGAUUUGAAUUCUCUCAAAGCAUCUUUACAUCUUCUUGAAGAUGAAGUGAAAGUCCAGAAGGAAGCUGUAAUAUCAGGAAAUGAGACUAUAGUUUUAAAGGAUAUUGAAAUUUCUAAAUUGAAAUCAGACUUAACAAAUAUGGAAAAAAUUCUUUUGAGUUUGAAAUUUUUACAAUUUGGACAAAAUAAGGUUCCUCAGUUUCAAAAUCAGGAAACACAUGACAGUAACAAAUAUCAAGCUGAGAAUGAAUCUUCAUUGACAUCUGAAAGCCACAAGGAAAUUAUUGCUAUUCUAGAAAAUGCUCAAACCAGUGUUGACAAUGAACCAAAACCUUAUCCUGGCUUUUCAACAGUAUCCAAUGUCGUUGAGAAAAAUACAGAAGCUAAAUCAUCAGAUGUUCAGCAUACCGAAACCAACGAUGACAAAGAUGUUGACAGACAAAAAUACAUAGCCUUGCUGCAGCAAAGAAUAAACACCAAUAAGUUGUUACAACAACAAGUGGACAAGCAGCUGCAAGAUAUGCAGCAAAAAACAGCAACAAGGAAAGUUAAGGCACAAACCUGAAGCAUAAUCUUUCUAAAAUGAAUCAAGUGUUUUUCUAACAUUUUCCACAAGAAAAUCCAAGAGAAACUUUGAAAGCAGCUGAGAUAUAAAGUCAGAAGGGAUAAUUUACAAGAUUUGUGUUAUCUAUUGGCUGUUCUCUCAUGGUCUCAAGAUGCAGCCUAACUCUCCAAGCACUUUCACUCCGUCCUCUACUAAAUGUGUGAAAAAUAACAUCUUAAACAAACUGGUAGUUGAUGAAAUGUAAAUAAGAGCCAACUCCAAAUAUGUAGGAAAUGUAUAAUUAAAUAUGACUAACAGUUUAUCAAGCACGUUAUCAAAA